AAAUUUUUAUCGAUACAAAAUGUAUGACGUCAAUGCUUAAGAAAUCAGAAUACUAAAAAGUUGAAAAUGAUACAAACUCAAAUAAAGAGAAGCUUCGCGCCAUUCACUUAUUAUCAUUGCAUUCCUAAUUGGUGCUUCGUUUAUAAAUAUUUGCGCUGAUAAAUACCGCGUUAUCGUUAUCAAAUUUCUAUUAUUCCAAAUUUUGAAUACGCCAACACCAGAUAGCCAUAUCAUCAUUCCCACAGACAGCAAUGGUGCAGUACAUCGCCAAAAAGUGGAUCUACGCCCGGAAAUUCAAUGGCGAACCCAAGCUGGAUGACUUUCGCCUGGAGGAGGAAGUCAUGCCCGAGAUUCGGGAUGGAGUAGAGUUCCUCGCGAAGGCGGAAUUCCUGAGCGUGGAUCCGUACAUGCGCAUCUACAUACUGUCGUACCCGGUCGAAUCGGUGAUGAUCGGUGGCCAGAUUGCGCAGGUGCUCGAAAGCAAACACCCGGACUUCCCCGUUGGGGCGUACGUGUUCGGUCAGUUCGGAUGGCGAACCUAUGCCAUCUGCAAUCCGGCCGGGAUCGAAACGAGGAAACCGUACGUGUUGCCCGAAUUUGGUCCGGGGUUGCCACGUUCGCUGGGUAUCGGAGCGCUGGGCACGGUGGGGAAUUCUGCGUACUUUGGAUUUUUGGAAAUUUGCCGGCCCAAGGAAGGGGAAACCGUAGUGGUCAGCGGGGCGGCCGGAGCUGUUGGAAACAUUGUGGGGCAGAUUGCAAAGAUUAAAGGUUGUCACGUGGUGGGAAUAGCCGGUUCGGAUGAAAAGUGCCAAUGGUUGAAGGAGAUCGGUUUCGACGCUGCAAUCAACUACAAGGCGGCGGAUGUUGAAAAGGAAUUGAAGCAGGCUGCUCCUGAUGGAGUGGAUUGCUAUUUUGAUAACGUCGGUGGUCAGAUAGCGGCAAUCGUGCGAAAACAAAUGAACCAACGGGGAAGAAUAUCAGUUUGUGGAACGAUCUCCAUGUACAAUGGCAAUCCAGUGCAGGUGGAAGAUCCGCAAAGAGAUUACGUUUGGAAGCAGCUGAUUCAGGAGGGAUUCAGUGUUCAUCGCUGGACGGACAGGUGGUUCGAGGGAAUUAACCAAAACCUAAAGUGGAUCCAAGAGGGCAAGAUCAAGUAUCGGGAAACGAUAACUGAAGGCUUUGAGAAUAUGCCGCAUGCAUUCAUUGAUAUGAUGAAGGGAGGAAACGUUGGUAAAGCUAUUGUCAAGGUGUAACAUAUGUAAAACUGUUUUUACACUCAUUAAAUUUGUAUUAUCCGUCAUUUUCUAUUAGAA